AUGGCUUCAAACGAAACCAAAUAUGCACAGGCAGCAAAGCAGGUAGGUACAACGCGCCAGGUCGAAUUCAUGGAACCAAAAACAUUGAAGAACCCCCGCCGUCAGCGCCCUUAUAACCUUCGGCCAUUAUCAACAACUCAUAUCAAGCCUGUACAACGUCCGCGCGGAAGCCCAUACCCAUUCCGCUCAAAUUCUCCAUACCGUGAGCCUCCAGAGACACCAACUUCAGCAACAAGCCUUGCUACACCAUCUCUCGCCGGUGUCCGCAAAUAUUACCGCGAAAACGGCCUCCAUACGGCCUUCCAGUCGCCUGUGUCGCCCUCCCCACCGCCUUUCACGCCAGGUCGCUCACGUAGGUACUCUGACCUCUCGUCCGCCGGUCUCGUUACCCGCUUCGACGGACUCCACGCCUCGUCUCCCCUCUCAACCAGCUCGUCACCCAUAAAGUCGCGCCGCUCUUUUGCCGAAGAGUCCCGCGAUAUGCUCCUCGCCGGCACCAACAGCAGCGAGCUCUCACGUGCGAGUAGCGUUUCAGCGGACUCCCGCGAGCACCGUCCCAACCCCGAUCUCCCUCCCAGACGGCUGGGCAAGCCUCCUCCGGGGCGGCUCCGAGAAUACGGUCACGUCUACCUGGGCAAUGCAGCUUCUGCCGACGUCUUCGUGCGGGCCAUGCACAGCCGCGUGCCGAAUCAGAACAAAGGACGCCGGGAGUCCCUCAUGUCAAAUACUGGAGAAGAUGAGAACUAUAUCACUAUCCCGCAGAGUGACAGUGACCACGUCGUAAUCCGAGCUCGCGUCGUCCCUUAUUCGAAGGAGCGAAAGCCGUUUCUCAUUCAGCGUCGCUUCAGCAAAGCUGACAUCGAGGCUUCGCGGCCGACUACGACAAAAGAGACGAAAGGAGAAGAAAAAGAAAAAGAGACUGCUGAUGCAAAGGAGGAUGAGAGGGCUGAAAAUGAUGGUGAGAAAAAUGCAACCGCGCAGGUAGCCCCUGAAGAACCGGCGAGUACGCCUAGCCCCCAACCGGCACCUGCAUCAAAGUCUUUGACGCCAGAGAAAGAGACACCAGAACCCAGAGCAGCUGGUCCAAGGAGAAGGGUAAUGCCUAUCCAUAUGGACUACGCGCUCAAGUACCUCCCCAUCCUCGGCGCCAUCAUGCUCUCGGGCUACAUCCGCCGGGGUGACACCAUUGACAUGCCCCUCCCGCAUCCCGAGGCCUGGAGCGACACUGUCGCGUACGUGUACACAGGGGCCGGAGCCGUCAGCGACGCCAUCAAAGCCAACGUGGCACAUUUGGCGGGGAGAGUCGAGAAGGGGUCUUGAUUCGACGGACGGAUUUGGAUU